AUGGAAAACUUGACACCAAUUUUCGAAAUAACAAUACAAUUCAAAAUAUCCAACAGAAAUCAACUUCAGAUUCUGAGAAGACAGUUUCCUUUAAGAGCAGCUGCAGCAAAGACCAUCCAUUGUUGCCAAGGUGACACACUAAUAGAGGAUAUUACAUGGCCGCUUGGGAUACAAAUUUUAUCUUCAAAUGCAGAAAGAAUCUCUCACAAGUGAGCGAAGUGAUGUCCAUUUGCAAGAAGCAAAAGAAACAAUAACAGUCUUCAUAGUAAUGGUGAAGGCACAUGAGUUUACAAAACGACAACUAUGGCUGCACAAAAACCAAUUAUAGUAAAGCACUAACAAAUUUCAAGCAUUGGAACUCUUUUCUUCAAUUACAGCAGUGGAGUGCUCAACACACCUCCACAUGACGUUCACUUUAAGUUUUCUCCACCAACCAAAGAAGUAACAAAGAUAGACUCCUUGCUCACCAACCAGACAUCUGGUAUUUUUACAGUAAGUGAAAUAAUCAAAUGGAAUAGGCCUGAAAUUACUACAGAAAAAAAUGGGGCUGUAGUGAGAAAUGCUCUCCUCUACAAUAGCAGUAGCACGAGCGAAAUUUCUUUAUGGCAAAAACAACAUAUUAACCUAGAAAAAGAAAAUGAGUUUUAUACCAUAACAGACAAUAAACUGAGGCAUUAUUAUGGCAAGUGUCUGUCUACUACCACGAGCACACAGAUUAUGAGAGCUAAACCACAAGACCUGUCUCACGAUAACAUAACCAAAAGCCACACCCACCAACUGUGCUGCCCAAACAUAAUGAAUUUAGCCAUAAAUACCUACCCUACUUGCAACAACAAAGAUUGUCUAAAAAAAUAACUUUCAACACAGCGGGAUUACAGGUUAUCCACUGUCAAAGCUACAACAAGGCAAUGCUGUUAAAGCAAUGUUUCUAUGAAAUGAACAUAACCUUCCACCUAGAGAAAAAUGACAAUCUACAAGUUCACUGCUUUCCCUAG